AUGGAGCUCUCAGAGUUCUGGAGUGAACUCAACACAUUCACUAUAUAUGGGCCCAACCAUACAGAUAUGACAACGAAAUACAAAUAUCCAUAUCACUUCCCUGGAGAACAAGUAGAAGACCCACAAUAUUGGACGAUUCUUUUUCAAAAAUACUGGUAUCACUCGAUUACGAUUUCUGUAUUAUACUUUGCAUUAAUCAAAGUAAUUCAAAAGUUUAUGGAAAAUAGAAAACCAUUUACCCUCCGUUAUCCACUGAUUCUAUGGAAUGGAGCAUUGGCGGCAUUCAGUAUUAUUGCAACUCUUCGAUUUUCUAUUGAUCCCCUCCGAUCACUCUAUGUCGAAGGAGUAUACAAGACCUUGUGCUAUUCGUGUAAUCCAACUGAUGUCGCAGCCUUCUGGAGUUUUGCAUUCGCACUUUCCAAAAUUGUUGAAUUGGGAGAUACAAUGUUCAUUAUUCUGAGAAAACGACCAUUGAUCUUCUUGCAUUAUUAUCAUCAUGCUGCUGUCUUGAUUUAUACCGUUCAUUCAGGUGCUGAACACACCGCCGCCGGUCGUUUCUACAUUCUGAUGAAUUACUUCGCUCACUCCUUAAUGUAUACUUAUUACACUAUCGCUGCCAUCGGAUACAGAAUGCCAAAAUGGGUUUCAAUGACCGUCACCACUGUACAAACAGUCCAAAUGUUGGCUGGCGUCGGAAUCACUUGGAUGGUUUACAAAGUGAAAGCUGAUUAUAAACUUCCCUGCCAACAAUCAAUGGCCAACCUGUAUCUUGCAUUCGUUAUCUAUGUCACUUUUGCCAUUCUCUUCAUUCAAUUCUUCGUGAACGCCUAUAUCGUCAAGUCGGCGAAAAAGGCUAAAGAGUUGAAGAAAGAGUAA